UGAUAAGACUAAUUGUCUCUCUCAAGCAGAUCAGCGUUGGAUCACAUACCGUGCUUAAUCGUGCCUCUUGUUACACUGCUUUGGCAGUAUCUUCUUUGCCCUCUGGUUCUUGAGCACUUCAUAUGUGGAAUUCUGCGUCAGCAUAUGCAGGUUGGCAGCCUCGGUGGUUUGUUUUAGACAAUGGGAUAUUGUCAUACUAUGAUUCCCAGGAUGAUGUUUGCAAAGGCAGCAAAGGAAGUAUAAAGAUGGCUGUGUGUGAAAUAAAAGUUCAUGCAACAGACAACACAAGAAUGGAGCUAAUCAUCCCAGGGGAGCAGCAUUUCUAUAUGAAAGCAGUUAAUGCAGCUGAAAGGCAAAGAUGGCUGGUAGCACUGGGGAGUGCAAAAGCCUGUUUAGCAGAUACCAGAACAAAAAAAGAAAAAGAAAUAAGUGAGACCAACGAAUCUCUUAAAACCAAAAUGUCCGAACUUCGUCUCUACUGUGAUCUUUUAAUGCAGCAAGUUCAUACAAUACAAGAAUUUGUCCACCAUGAUGAGACUCGCUCUCCUCCCAGCAUUGAGAAUAUGAAUGAAGCCUCUUCCUUGCUUAGUGCCACAUGUAAUACAUUUAUCACAACACUUGAAGAAUGUGUGAAGAUCGCUAAUGCCAAGUUUAAGCCAGAAAUGUUCCAGCUGCCUCACCCUGAUCCCUUGGUUUCUCCUGUGUCACCAUCACCUAUUCAAAUGAUGAAGCGUUCCAUUAGCCAUCCUGGUCCUUGCUAUUCAGAAAGGAUUAAUCACUCUUUAAAAGAACCCAGUUCAUCUCUUAAUCGAUUUUCUCAGCGGCGCAGAAGAACAUACUCAGAUACAGAAUCUUACAGUGAUACACCUUCUGAAGAUUCUCAGAGAUCUGCUCAUUGUUCUAGAAGUGCUGUCAAUGGAGAUCUGGUAUCCUCAGCCAUUCCUGAAGAAAGUAAAUCAGUGUCAAAGGAAAGAUCUGAACUGGAAGAGACUCUUUCAUCCUUUUCCUCCUGAAGCAAUUGAAAGUAUUAAAUUUUCUAUAAAUAAUGCUAUGCAAAAGCUGCUGUAAUUAUACUGUUGUUAUAGGAAGUAGUUAUUUCCCUUUUUAGAAGGAUUUCUCUGCACUUUAUAGAAUAACAUAAAUACUAUCUUUGAAGUGUAUUUUAUCUUUAUAUAGUUUAUUUGCAAGAGUAUUUUCCUAAUAUUUCACAGUUUGAAUGUGCAUUUUUUGGAACAAAUGAUGGCUUUAAUAGAUAAGCAUCCACAUUUGUAAAUGCAGCUCUUUUUAAAACCUGUGGAGGUCUGACUGAUACAUUAGUAAACAAGCAUUAUAAAUUUCAGCAAAAGGUUUUCAUUAUUUUGGAGAAAAUGCAACUUGUGCCAUGGGCCUCUUGGUCAUUUGAACCAGGUCAUCCACCUGGAGCUGUGAUUAGCCCCACAAUGGCUUUAUUUUGCCAGUGUAAGGGCUGUGGGAAUGGGCACUAAUGGCUCUGCUCCAGCAGCUUGACGGUAAUUGACAUUGCCGCCUUUAAAAACACAAGGAUAUACAUAAUCCAGUCCUUAUUUUUAGGCAAUGAAAGUAGAAAUAUUUAGUGUAUUUUUCUAAACAAAUGUAUAAAAAUAACUUAAUAUGAAGUAUUUGUACCAAACACGGGAUAUUUAAUAGUUUUUAUUUAUUUAUUCUUUUUUGCAUCAAAAAUUUCUACCUACUUUCACUACUAAAGGUCUGAGAUCUACUAAAAGCUUCAAAAUGUGCAUAAAUUGUUUCUGGGGUGUGUAGCAUCACAAAUAAUUAAUACAGUGCUGUUAAGAUUUACUCUGCUUACUUAAGAUGUGUUUUUAGCAAAGUAUGGUAAAAACAAGAGCUGAAAUGUUAGACCGUUCUAAGCUGCUGUUGUAAUGGAUAUUUGUAUCUAUACAUGUUUUAUUUAUGACAUAUUUAUACAAAAGGGAGCGUUUGUUUUUGCAACUCCUUUAUAUAUCAUUUGAGGAUGGGAUACACUAGAAGAUGGAUUCUGCUCUCAGUUACAUCAGUGUAAAUUUGCAUUAACUGUAAGUGAGGUCAGGGUCUGACUCUCUUAAUAAUUAAUGAGUAAUAUAGUGUAAUAGUGCCUACUAGCACCUUGGGCAAGAAGGUUGUUAAUGUAAGCUUUUGGGGAUUUUUUGGGUGUUUGUUUAGGGGUGAACUUGGUCUUAGCUGUAGAGCACUUUAAGAAAGCCAUUUACUGUUCUUGAUUUACACAAUUGCUAAAGAAACAUACAGGGUUUUUUGUACUCAAGCACAUACCAAAAUCUGUUUUUAUAAUCAGAUCUUAAAUUUGGUUUAACUAGUCUUCCUUUUGUGUGUAUAAAUAAUUUCAUGCAGGCUGGAAAGAACAGAUGGGAACGGGAGCUUUCCUUAUAAACUUUCGGAAUGUUCAUUUAUCUAGAUCAAAAUAGGUCCAAAUGUUGAGGAAAAACACAAGACCUGUUGGUCUUAUAUAAAAUGCCAGUUUAUAACCAUUAUGUCAGGUUCAAGUGGAAUGGAAUGGUUUGUAAAAGAGGUUUGUGGAUACCAGCUCAGAGCUGUCAUUUGUGCUCAGUUCUGUCAGUUUUCAUGCAAACUGGCAUAUGCAUAUCAGCCACACACAUGCUUGUACAUAUUUUUUUCUGAAUGUUUGCUUUAAUGUUCUGUAGACAUGACAAUUGUAAAAAUAUGUAUUAAAGAAGAUAUUCAAAGAAGUAAACUGCAUACUGCACUGAGAA